AUGCCUUGCACUCGUUGUUUCCGUGCAAAGGUCCCGUGUCGUUUUGGCGAGAAGUCUACACGCUGUAGGACUUGCAUCGAGGCGAAGAAACCUUGUGACGGCGUCCUCGAUGAGAAAGAAGAGAAAGCGGGUAAGGAGCUAUUCGCGCUUCAUCAAGAGUUUGCUCGUUUGCAAGUUCAAAUGGCGGAUGCUACGGGUCGUCUGAAACGGAUUCGGACGGUCCGUAAGAUGGUUCGGGAGCGGCAGACCGAAGUUUUUGAGCGUGGUAUGCAGGAGGUUGACAGGGAGGAUGGCGUCCUAGCGGACGACGAAGUCCUACCUGCCUUGGAUGCUUACGAGAGGUUCGUCGUUAGUGACCUCCAGGCAGUAGGUCUCGGGAAUGAUCCUCCUUGGUCCCUUUUUGGUUUUGGUGACGAGUUUGUGGGUUUAGGUCCUCUGGUGGAUGGCGCGGGUGCGGGGAGUGUUGGAGGUUCCUCGGCUACUCAGGGCUAG